UAACAGUGCGGCCAAACUGCAUGAAACGUUGCAAAUUGUCAAAUUUAGUGCGAUUUCUUUAUGUACUCCUUGGAUUUGGUGAGAAAUUAUUAAAAAUCGAGUAAAAUUGUGAUUAAAGUAGAAAGUUAGUUUUCUGCAUCGCCAACGAGCAGAAAAUUUGCAAAUUUAACCGAUUUUGCGAGAAAAGUGCAGCCGCCGCCAGCGACGCCGCAGCCGCAAUCGUGUUUUCACAGCGUAAGAUGGGAAGCAGGUGUCUUAACAGAUAAGCAACGUCUGGAAGCAAAAUUCCUUGCUUUUAAGAACGCAGACAAAGAAAAAGCAACAAUAAAAACAUAACUACAGCCGUGAAGAAAAAAUAUCGCACGCCAAAUCGACAGCCGACACCGCCGAGCUGGGACUACGACGUCGACACACAAAAAGCAACAACAACAACAUCUACAAAAGCAGAAAGGCAUACACGCGAAACGACGAAAACUGCACUAAAAUGCUCAUAUUGCAAAGCUAAAUACUACUUUGCCACUUUUCCCCGCAAUUUCUUUGCAUAAUUUAAAACUUUCUUACGUCGUUUUUGAAUACUUCCUGUGCCUCUCCUAAGUGCACGCUGCUUGUCGCCGUCAAGUGAUUGCCGCAUACCUAUCGACUCACCCGUCGACCUACUUACAACCCAUUUGACAAAUUUGGUACUUCCGUUGGUUAAAUUUCCACACGUUUUUCCCAAAUUGUAUUUUGCCGAUUCUGUCCAGCGUUCUCGAAGAGUUUCUGCUAUAUAAAGAGAUUAUACAUUUUUGGUAACUAAAUUCGGCUUAGGAACUUAGUUAAAGAUGGUCAAGGAGAAGCCCAAUUCUACACGAAUUUAUGAUAAGGAUGGCUUUCGCCGUCGUGCUGCUUGCAUUUGCGUGCGCUCGGAUGCCGAAGCGGAGGUGCUCUUGGUGACGUCUUCGCGUCGUCCAGAGCUAUGGAUCGUGCCUGGUGGUGGUGUUGAGCCGGAGGAAGAACCAUCGGUUACGGCUGUGCGUGAAGUGCUCGAAGAGGCCGGGGUCGUUGGCAAGCUUGGCAGAUGCUUGGGCGUGUUCGAGAAUCGCGAACAUAUGCAUCGCACCGAAGUCUUUGUAAUGACUGUCACCAAUGAGCUUGAAGAGUGGGAGGACUCGCGUAGCAUUGGCCGAAAACGUCAAUGGUUUUCCAUUGACGAUGCGUUGACACAAUUGGCACUACAUAAACCGACGCAGAGGCACUAUCUAAUGCAACUUAGGCAUUCAAAGAAUAAUACGACCCCUUCGGGCUCACCGCCAGUCACUCCUACAGAGACAUAAGAAUAAAGGAGACUCUAAUACACAUACAGACGUAGAUGCAGUGCAACUAUGUUGGCGGAACACGUGGAUCGUAGACUUAAAGUGACUCCCACACUCACACACACACACUUACACUUACACUUACACUAAAUUAACAUAAACGCAUUCUAAUUAAGAAAGUGUUUGCACGCAUAACUAAGCGGGCCGUCAGACACUAUACACUCUGCAGAGCACGAUACACAAUAAUAAACUUUGAUUACGAAUUGUUUGGGAAUUUGAACCCUAUUCACACUCAUUCAAAUUUACUUUUAUAUCAGAAAUGCAUUCAAACAUCCGCAUACAUAGAACAUCGUCAUCACUAAUUACGCAGUAAAGUGGAAUUGCAAUAUGCAACAUCGUUAUAAGUUUAAAAAUUAUUGCAAAUAUAUAUAGGCAUCCAUAGACUUCUCAAAUUAUGCUCCACAUCAAUAAAUAAUGUUCAUUAAUAACGUUAAGAUACUUUUUAAUACUGUAAUGAAAAUUGUAAUGAUUAAGUUAACCAAAAAGUGAAAUUAAAAAAAUCUGAUUGCAAAUUUUCUGACUAAAAGAGCAUGGAAGUUGACUUUGAAGUUCGCUUUAACUAAAAAGCAGUUUUGGUUUGAAGAUAGUUUGGAGUUUCACGUAAAAUACAUACCUACAUAGAGAUAUUUUCAUAUAAUAUAAAAGUCGAGAUCGAAAAUAAAUAAGGCAAAGAACACUCUGAUAACGAAAUUGACGCAACUUAAAAAAAGUUUAACUGAAACUUGAAAACUGGCACAUAUUUGUACAUUUCUACUUAGAUUUUCUACUAUUUUAUAAUUUAAAUGAAACGAAAAGAAACACAAAUGCUUAUAUCUACUUACUAUUGUAAUGUACAUUAAAGUUGCGCCAAACUGCUUUUUGCGGAAGCAAUGGAAUUACAGAAAUUGUGUAAUCAAAAUUCUAAACAAAAGCAACAAUUAUAAAAACUAAACUAAUUAUGAAAUUACAAACACGUCUAAAAAUAAGGCUUCAGGCAAAUAUGUGUAGUUGCGUACAAAAAAAAAAUGGUGUGCUGUUUGUAGAUAAUUGAUUUCCCGAUGAGUUUUAGUUUUGUUAUAUUUUGACGCUUAAUGCACCAGUUGCCUUCCGUGUUGAAUAUGUAGAUUGUCUGUAAGUCUCCACAAAGGAUUUCAAACGCCUUUUUUUGUUUAUUAAAUAUGAAACAUCUUUACUUUCGAUGCCCGCCUGCGCGUUAGACAGAAACAACUGCUUCGCGCCAUAUUUAUUUACGCCAUUUAGCAUCUUCGACUUCAUGUUCCACAAGGUGAUUCUUCGGGCAUGGGCUGUUAGCUUCUACCGGCUACACUUCGUUUAUUUGCUGCUUUUUUCAUUUACGUGAAGCGUGAAAAAUUAAGUUUUUCCUAUUUAAAGCACGUUACUAAUCGCAGUCACGGACAUUGUUAUGGAAGAAAAAAGUAAUUUCUUAUUUAAAUGUAAACGA